AUGGAAGAGGAAAUCAGUGUUUGGAGACCACCCAAGAAGCUUCCUCUUUCCCCUGAGCCUGACAGAGAUGACCAGAGGGACCCUUGGUGUUGGGAGAGUGACACUGUGGCCCCCAGAACCUGGCUCUCUGCUGCCCCAGAGAUGCUGCUGCUGCUGCUGCUGCUGCCCCUGCUCUGGGAGGGGUCCUUGUCUCAGAGACUGUAUGUGCAGCCCUCCGUGAGUGUGCAGGAGGGGCUGUGUGCCCGAGUCCCCUGCACCUUCUACUACCCCUCACCCUUUAACAGCAACCCAGUUUAUGGCUAUUGGUUCAGUGAAAGGAAUAAUGUUUACCAUGGGACUCCUGUGGCCACAAAUGACCCAUUUCGCAUGGUUGAGGGGACAGCCCAGGGGAGAUUCCAUCUCCUUGGGGAUCCCAGGAUGAACAACUGCUCUCUGAGCAUCACAGAUGCUCAGUUCUCAGACCGUGGGAGAUACUUCUUCCGUGUUGAAAAUGGACAUGAAAAAUACACAUGGAAGCCACUUUAUGUGACUGUGAAAGGCUUGAUCCAGAAGCCAGACAUCAGCGUUCCAGAGGUGCUAGAGUCAGGGAAAUCAGUGACUCUGAAGUGCACAUUUCCCUCGGACUGUGGGGGAAAUAGGGCCUUCAAGUUCUCCUGGAGGGGGGCUGCCCUCUCCUCCCAGCCAGGAACCUCUGGGACCUCCCACUCCUCAGAGGUCUCCUUCAUCCCUGGGCACCAGCAUCAUGGCACCAGCCUCACCUGUCAGGUGACCUUGCCUGGAGGUCGUUUGAGCCCAGAGAGAACCAUCCAGCUCAAUGUGUCCUAUGCUGUGCAGAAUGUGACCAUCACCAUCUCCCAGGACAACAGGACAACAGUUUGGGUCCCACGAGAGAGCUCACCUCUUGUGGUGCAGGAGGGAGGGUCCCUUCACCUGCUCUGUGCUGCCCACAGCAAUCCCCCAGCUACACUGAGCUGGAUGCUGGGGGACCAGACCCUGGCCUCUUCCCAGCCCUCACAUGAUGGAAUCCUACCCUUGGAUCUGCCCCACCUGAGGCCAGCAGAUGAAGGGAACUACACCUGCCAUGCCCAGCAUCCUUUGGGCUCCAAGCAGGUCUCCCUGAGAUUCUCUGUGCACUAUCCCCCAAAGAUGCUCAACCUCUCUUGUUCCUGGUUCAAGGGUGUCUUACUCUGUACCUGUUCUGUCCAAGCAGAGCCAGCCCCCUCCCUGCACUGGCAGGUGGGGGGGAAGCUUGUGGAGGGCAAUAGUAGCAGUAACACCUUCCAGGUGAUAUCGUCCAGGUCUGGGCCAUGGGCCAACAGCUCCCUGAGUGUGAAGAUGGACAGGGUCCCCAACAUUGACAUCAGCUGUGAGGGGAAGAACCUACAAGGGACCCACACCCUUCUCUUCCAGCUAGUGCCAGAUAGGAGCACUCUGUCCCAUGCGUUCCAAAAAGGUAUCAUCACCGGGGUCCUCUGUGGAGCUGGUGUCUCAAGUCUGCUGGCCCUCUGCCUCCUCCUCCUCCUAGUAAAGAUGCUCAGGAAGAAGUCACUGGGAGCAGAAGCAUCCAGCAGGAGAGCAGAGGAUCCCAAGAGGCCGGCCCAGGAGGGGCAGUCCCUGCAUCCCAUUUCAUCAGCUGCAGAUGCAGCCUCAACCCCAGCAGCUCCUGAGGAUGCACCAGAUGAGUUGCAUUAUGCCUGCCUCAGCUUCCAAGGAAAGAAAGCAAGGGAAGACCAUGGAUCCACAGACCCCCUCACUGAGUACUCAGAGAUUAAGUUCCACUGAGCAGCUGGCAUGAACACAUAUUCUGGAUCCUAUUUAUUUUCCUGAUGUGCCAUCUUCUGCAAGUAUAUAUCUGCAACCUGUUGUUUUUGACAUCCAUAACGAUCAGUUUCUUUAUUAUCUGGUAUCUAAUUUAAUAUCAGUGGACUUUAUCUCACCUAUGAUGUUUGGAUUUUUGUUGACACUUGUACUGUUUGGACUUGAUUCUUUCUUCUGGUGAGGACAACACACCGACCAAACAUGGACAAGUAGCUGAUUCUUCUGCUUCUGGUAAAGAAGGACCUGCAGUUAACAUUUUUGCUACUGGAUCAUCUGAAUUUACUACAAUCUGAACGACUGUUCCUGAAGGAAAUAAUGCUCAAUCUUCAAACACCAUUGCAACUGCUGUAGUUAAUACUAUGUCGAUGUGUAUGAUUUGUAGCAGGGAAGCAGGUAUAUUUGUUAAUGGAAUACCAUCCUGUAGUAGCUGUUACACAUUCCUUAGGAAGAAAGUAAGAUUAACCCUCUCAGGAAGAUGUGUUACUGGCAAGAACUGUCCCAUAUCUGCGAGAUUAAUGAGAAUCCACGAUGUUUACUUAAUUAUAGUACUUGCAGAUUUAAGAAAUAUGUUCAGGUUAACUUGCAGUUAACACAUUCUACAGUAAUGAAUUAUCAAGCUAAUCCUUUCAAUGGUCAAUCAUGUAAAAACUGUUUGGGACCAUCAUUUUAUGGAAAUAUUGCCUAUCCUUACUGUACUUCUUGUCACUGUUCUAAUAAGUAAUAGAUAUUGAGUUUGAGCUUUGCUCUGUUUCUGAUUUUUUAAAUUGUAACUGUUAACUGAAUCAAUGCCCCUGUACUAAUGUAAGUUGUACCCAUUCACCUUAUUUUGAUUGUGUUCUUGCGCCUCAGUAGGGGAUUGCCCCCUCUGGAAUUUGUGCUGCCUAUAAAGGACUUCUCUCUAUGCA